CCAAGAGAACCAUCAUUGGCGGAGCGCAGAGAUGAACUGAUUAUGUUGGCAACCGCCACACCAAAUCAGAAUCCGGCACCGAAACCCACUGAGUGGAGGAACAACUUUGAACUUUGACCUUGAACCUCCCACCACCACCACGCUUUAUUACCUACUGAUACCCUUUAUACCUCAAAAAACCCCCCCACGAUCGUUGGUUUUGGACGGAGUUCGUUGACUUGCUUCUCACGAACGCUGGACGACCUCUGGCAGUCUCUUUCUGUCAUUUCCGCUACUUGAUUCCCUGGGACCACCCCACUUACGACUUUUACUCGCCUUAUUGUGGGAGCGAGGCUGUCCGCCACUGUCGCUGGCGCGUCCCCGUUAUUUUAUACACAGGUUAACAAGGAAAAACCGCCAUCAUGCCGCCCAAGAAGCAGCAGAACAAUGAGCCGAAGAAGAAGAAGACGGUCGACGACAAGACCUUUGGCAUGAAAAACAAAAAAGGAACCCAGGCCAAGAAACAGAUCGCUCAGAUGCAGGCUCAAGCACUGUCCAACAAGCGACCUGACGAGAAGAAGAAGGAGGCCGAGAGAGUCCGGCUCGCAGCGGAGAAGAAGGCCGCCGAGCAGGCCAAGAAGGAGGCCGCGGAGCUGUUCAAGCCCGUGCAUGUUCAGAAGGUGCCCUUCGGCGUGGACCCCAAGACCGUGCUCUGUCUCUUCUUCAAGCAGGGCAACUGUGAGAAGGGCCGCAAGUGCAAAUUCAGCCACGACCCCAACGUUGAGCGCAAGGCGGCUAAGAUCGAUCUUUACACCGACUCGCGAGACGUCAAGGCGGCUGAGGAGGAGACUAAGAAGGCCGAUACGAUAGAUAACUGGGAUGAGGAGAAGCUGCGCAAUGUCAUUAUGAGCAAGCAUGGAAACCCUCGCACGACGACCGAGAAGGUCUGCAAGUUCUUCGUCGAGGCCGUCGAGAACCAGAAGUACGGCUGGUUCUGGACUUGUCCUAAUGGCGGCGACAAGUGCAUGUACAAGCACAGUUUGCCACCUGGAUUCAUUCUCAAGACAAAGGAGCAGCGGGCCGAGGAAAAAGCUCUCAUGGACAAAUCCCCCCUCAACACCCUGACACUAGAGGACUGGCUGGAGUCCGAACGGCACAAGCUGACGGGCGACCUGACGCCCGUCAACCCCGAGACAUUCGCCGCAUGGAAGAAGGGCCGCAUGGACAAGAAGGCCGCCGAGGAGCAAGCCCGCAAGGCCAAGGAAGCCACCGGUCGGUCCAUGUUCGAAGCCGGCGACUGGCGCGAGGAGGAAGAGAGCAGCGACGAGGAAGACGACGACGACGACACCUUCAACCUGGAGGCGCUGCGUCGCGAGACGGAGAGAAUCCAAGCCCAGAAGGAAGAGGAGCGCCUCGCGAAGAUCAACGGCGUCGAGUUACCAGUUGCAGGUCAAGCAGUCUAGGGCUGAGCGCCCGCCUGUUGCCACAUUCCCAAGAUUUACCGAGAUACCGAGAUUCUUGGGGCUUUCGGGUUACGGACCUGUCACACUGUUGCAGAGCAGUUGUACCAGGCAUAUUGUCCGGGCCCGUGGUGUUUGAUCAGACGCUGGAAGAGCAAUGCAACUGCUGGUUAUAUUUGGUUGUUUUCAAGACAUCCUGAAUCGCUUUGUGUGGUUUUCGCGCUCUGAUGAGCUCUGGGGUUGUCCCCCUCCGGCCCGGCCGCUGCUUGAUCCGGAUUGAAUGAGCCGGAGAGGAAGGCGGAGGGCCAUCUGAGGGGGCGCAAGAUUGAGAUAGAUCGUGUGAUGGAUGGAUGGGGAGGGAGGUUUAUGAGUUCAUGUUAUGCCUGUUUGUAGGUAGAAAACUUUUCGUUGCUAGAUCAACUGUUUUCUUAUUA